AUUUCUGGGGUCGCGAUGUCCGGACGCGGGAAGCAAGGCGGCAAAGCUCGCGCCAAGGCCAAGACCAGGUCGUCUCGAGCCGGGCUUCAGUUCCCGGUAGGCCGCGUCCACCGCCUGCUCCGCAAGGGCAACUACUCGGAGCGGGUGGGCGCCGGCGCGCCCGUGUACCUGGCGGCCGUGCUCGAGUACCUGACGGCCGAGAUCCUGGAGCUGGCGGGCAACGCGGCCCGCGACAACAAGAAGACGCGCAUCAUCCCGCGCCACCUGCAGCUGGCCAUCCGCAACGACGAGGAGCUCAACAAGCUGCUGGGCCGCGUCACUAUCGCGCAGGGCGGCGUGCUGCCCAACAUCCAGGCCGUGCUGCUGCCCAAGAAGACCGAGAGCCACCACAAGGCCAAGGGCAAGUAGUGACCUAUGUGACCCUUAGCACUGGCUCGAGGAAGUCGAAUUCAAACCCAAAGGCUCUUUUCAGGGCCACCUAUAUAUUCUGGAAGAGAGCUUAACAUUUCAUUUACCCUAAGGAAUAAGUGAAAGGUGGGGGGAUUGAGCCACUCCUACCGAAUCUCCAUCCUGAGUUGAAAGCAGGACACCGUAAAUUAAAGGCUAACCUUCAAAGUGCAAUACAUUUUACCCCAUUGCGGUGAUUGUGGACAGGCCUCUUCCGUACCUUAAUUGUU